GUUCGCCGUCGUCAGCCCUGGAUUUUGGGGUUGAAGGUGGGCGGAUGAAGUGGAAGUCGAGGAGGGAGCUGGUUGAUUGGCUGUCUUCGAUUGUGUCGGGUUCUGUGCGAAAAUUAUUUCUCUUGGGAUCAAAGAUAUAUUUGUAUCGGGGUAGAAUACAAAAACAGUUUUUCAGAUAACGUUCCUUGCACAUCCUUGCCUAUGGGUGAUAGGUUUGCAGACCACAAUGACAAUGAACGGACUACUAUCCAAAACUCCGAGGGCCUUUGUCCAGGAAGAAUUGGACCCCUUUCUAAAGAAUUUUCAUGGUUAGGUUCAUCAUGGGAUUGCAAGAAGAAACGAAAGCAUUAUCAAUCCUUUCGCCGGAAUGGAAUCACAAUCUCUGUCCAUAGCUUUGUCUACGUAAUGGCUGAAGAAUACAAGAGGCUUGUUGCAUAUGUGGAAGAUCUAUAUGAAGACAUGCAGGCUAAUAAAAUGGUUGUGGUGCGAUGGUUUCACAAAGUUGAUGAGGUUGAUGAUAUUGUUUUGCCUCUUGACAUUAAUGACAGAGAGAUCUUCUUUUCUCUUUCUCUUCAAGAACUCAGCGUCGAGUGCAUAGAUGGAUUGGCUGCUGUUCUCAGUGCCCAAGACUUCGACAAGUUUCAGAAAGAGGAAAGGAACAAACUUGGCUUGCAUCAACCAUAUUUAUGCCGAAGACAGUUUGACAAUGAUGAGGUUAAGCCUUUUGACAUUAAACAGGUUAAAGGUUACUGGGGUCAAGAUGUGCUUAGGUACCUGUAUGCAACUCCAAGUACUUCCCUGAAGCUGCGAUUGAAAAUAACUCAUCACGGUCGUGGCUGUCAGAGUAGUCCUAAUGUGGAUGGGAGCGGUGGACCAAAGGAAAGAAGCCUAUUGAAUGAUGCUGAUAUUGACGCUCGAGGAGCAGUUAGUGCUGUAACCAAGUCCAGAGGGGAAAAACAUGCAAAUAAUCCUUCAGGGCCCCGAUUGCUAAGAAAAGAGUUACUCAAGCAGAAUCUUUCGCAACAGAAAAAACAUCUAGCUCCGGGGAGCCAUGUCGAAGUGCUCUCUCAAGAUAGUGGCAUUAGAGGUUGUUGGUUCCGUUGUGUGGUUCUCAAGAGACAUCAUGACAAGGUGAAAGUUCGCUAUGAGGAUGUCCAAGAUGCUGAUGGCACUAGAAACUUGGAGGAAUGGGUUUUGGCAUCGCGGGUUGCAUCUUCUGACAAAUUGGGCAUAUGGUCAUGUGCGAGGCAGGUGGUCCGUCCUUACCCCUCGCAUAGCAGCAACAUUUCAAGCAGCCUUGAUGUUGGAUCUAUUGUAGAUGCAUGGUGGCAUGAUGGCUGGUGGGAGGGAAUUGUAAUCCACAAGGAGUUAGAAGGAAAACUUCGUAUUUAUUUUCCAGGAGAGCAGCGAGAUUCUGUAUUCAGCUUGGGUGACUUGAGACCCUCUGAGGAAUGGGUCAGUGACAAGUGGAAUCACAUCAAGGACCGCCAAGACGUUGCAAGCUCAUUAUCAUCAACCAUAGAUCAUGAGAAUCGUCUCAGAUUACCCAGUGACAAAGCCCCAGUCCAAGCAUCAGAGACGGAGGCAAACACUUACCUAUCUUGUUCAGAACAGCCACCAGAAGUAGACGAAGGUGGAGCUUCCAUCCCAAACCUAUCCAAAAUCUGCUACCUGGAUGGCUUGAAAUGGAGUUCAUCAAGAAAGAGAAGGCGUGGUAGAGAGUUGAGUGAAGGGAUUUCAAAGGAUAAAAGGCAACGGAGUAGUGGUAGCAGCAGCAUCAGCAGCAGUAGUCAAGAGGAUGUAGAAGUAGCAGCAUCUAAUGCCUGCAGCAACCUUUUGCUACCAAAAACUUUAUCUGUUGUUGAUAAUGAUAAUUGCAAGAUUGGGGGAAGCGAUCCAAUGCUCGUUGCACCCAUGGCUCUGUGUUCUAACUUGGUCAUGUCUCAAUGACCCUUACCAUAUUUAGUGUUGUACAUCUGAAAUCUUCGUAGUAGUAAUCAUCAGUUUUGAUAAUUGUGCUGUAGCAUCCUGUAGGUGGAUGCGGUUUUCUUUGCAUCCCCAUGUUUUUGUUUCCUUUUAGGUGUUGUAGAACUUUAGAUCCCGUGUGACUCUAGUUUAGCUUCUUAACUUUGUGUUUGUAGGAAGAAUGAUGUAUAAUGUUGUAGUUAUGUAUUUUAGAGCGAACUUCAUGUGUGUGAAUGCAACAGCUAAUUGAGGAAAGAGGAGUUGAGUAGAAUAUACAAUGGUUCCAGUUGCUCGAA